AUGAGCUCAAACGACAGCUCAGGGAACACCAUCAACGGGGUUUCAAACCACGACAAGAUUGAUUACGGUAGCACAAAAUACAGCCAAGUAUUGGUUGAUGUCAAGACCGCAUUCGGUCAUGGAGAUGCCGAGAAAUCGCGGCUGCUACAUCAGCUCAAGACGGAAAUGGGAGGCCACACACACGCUAAAGAGAACCAUAUGAUUGGUGGGGAACACAUUAAGAGUGCUGUAUAUGGAGGACUAGAUGGUAUCAUUACUACAUUUGCAACAGUAACAUCCGUGGCUGGCUCGGGACUUCCACAUUCCGUCAUUCUCAUUAUCGGUUUGGCUCAUUUAGUAGCUGAUGGACUAAGUAUGGGACUUGGGGACAUGCUCAGUAGCCAGGCAGAAACUGAUCUAGCCAACCACGAACGUUCUAGAGAAGUCUGGGAGUUUGAAAACUUUCCAGAAGGAGAAAUUGAAGAGAUGAUUGAACUUUAUGAGAAAAAAGGCGUCUCAACAGAGGACGCGCUGCUCGUCGUACACACACUGGCCAAGUACAAGGAAGCAUUCAUUGACAUUAUGAUGGUCGAGGAGCUCAACAUCAUGCCCGUGGAAGAUGACGACUCACCUCUCACUGGCGGUAUCAUCACGUUUCUCUCGUUCAUGCUCUGUGGCGUUAUACCGCUGCUCUCGUACCUUGUCAACUUGUUUCCAGGCAUUAAUAUGAGUCAGCAUACGACGCUGUAUCUUUCCUGCUUCCUUACAGUCGUCACGCUGUUUUUGUUGGGUGCUGUGAAGGGCAAAUUCGUCGGGCAAAAGAUGUGGAGGGCUGGUGGCUCCAUGGCGAUUAACGGCACAAUUGCGGCCGCAUGUGGUUGGGUUAUUGGCUACUUAUUACAGCUCACAGGCGUUCAGAAUAUUGGGUAG